UGCCGCCUGUUAGUGCCCAUCAAUGCCACAUACCAGUGCCCAUCAGUGCACAUCAAUGCCACAUAUCAGUGCCCAUCAGUGCAUAUCAGUGUCCAUCAGAGCUGCCUUUCAGUGCCAACUAUCAGUGCCAGUCAGUGACACCUAUUAGUGCGAAUCAGUGACCCCUUUUAGUGCCGUCUAUCAGUGCCCAUCAAUGCUCAUCAAUGCCACCUAUCAGUGCCAGUCAGUGAUGCCUAUCAGUGCCAUGUCAGUGCCACCUAUCAGUGCUGCCUAUCUGUGCCCAUCAGUGCUGCCUAUCAGUGCCAUAUAUGAGUGCUAC